GCUCGGCCCCUGCGGGGAGCCCCGGGAGACCCCGUCGCCCCUCUGCUCCCCCCCUCACGAAGCCAAAACAGGGGGUUGUGUUUGGGGGGGUCGCCCUUCGUUUUUGGGGUCCCCCACCGACGACCCCCCCUCCUGAAGCCCAGCUAUGGCGCCUUUUCUCCCUCCUUGUUUUUGACCAAAAGGAUCCCACAGAAUCCUAAAUACCAGCAUGUAAAAACUCGCCUUGACACAGGUAGCAGUAUGACCAAAUACACUGAAAAACUGGAAGAGAUCAAAAGAAAUUACAGAUACAAGAAAGAUGAGCUCUUCAAGAGACUGAAAGUGACUACUUUCGCCCAGCUGGUGACCCAGGUUGCUUCCCUAGCUGAUGAAAACUCAGAAGUACCGUGUGAGGAAAUUCAGAAGUUUGAUGAAGGCGAUGCUGCUCCAGCAGAUAACAGCCCUGACAUGGCGGCAGAGACCAAUGGCAAAAGCAGCCCUGGUGACAAACCAGCCAGUCCCAUCCUGUUCAUAAACAACACCGGAGCCGGGGAGUCGUAUCGUUCCACCCUACAGAGUGUCAUCAGUGGCGUGGGUGAGCUGGACCUGGGGAGAGAUGCCCCGAAGAAAACGGAAAACUUUGCAAAAGACAGACCUUACCCCGACUGCCCCUACCUGCUGCUGGACGUGCGAGAGCGGGAUGCGUUUGAGCAGUGCCACAUAGUGGGAGCUUACUCCUACCCAAUCGCCACGCUAUCCAGAACCAUGAAUCCCUAUACGAAUAACAUUUUGGAAUACAAAAACGCUCAUGGAAAGAUCAUCAUUCUGUACGACGACGACGAGAGAGUAGCGAGCCAAGCUGCCACCACCAUGUGUGAAAGGGGUUUUGAAAACUUGUUCAUGCUCUCUGGAGGUCUCAGAGUUGUUGCUCAGAAAAUCCCCGAAGGGUUGGUAACUGGCACAUUUCCUUCCUCUUGCCUGUCGGCCAGCCAGCCUGGGACCGCCCGGAAAAGAGCCACUCCCAGGCAGCCCCUCCCCCCGCCCGCUGAGAAUAAAUGGAGAUUUACAGCAGAGGAUCUACAAAAGAUACAGUACUAUCUAGAAGAGGAGCAACUUCCGACAGAUUCCGCCACCCGUCUUAGCCGUGGUUCUUCAGCUCGAGACUCCAAAGCCACCGCCGUGCGGAGCAGCCAGAACCUGCCCACCACCACCAACACAGCGGUGGCCCUCUCCACCCGCUCCCUCAGCAGCAGCAGCCUGCAAAGCAGGCCCUGGAGAUAGACGGUGUCCGUUUCCCACUCAAUAAAAGAGAGUCCCUCUUCCUGGGGCCCUUUGAUCACUA